GUCGCACGGCCCCGACGCCAAGAUCCUGGAGCAGGGGCAGGGGCAGCCCCGCGGGCAGCUGACGCUGAGCCACAUGCUGCAGAUCGCCACGCAGAUCGCUUCGGGCAUGGUCUACCUCGCAUCCCUCCAUUUCGUUCACCGGGAUCUGGCCACCCGUAACUGCCUGGUGGGUCACGACCUGGUGGUGAAGAUCGGGGAUUUCGGCAUGUCCCGGGAUAUCUACAGCACCGACUAUUACCGGGUGAGCGGGCUGGUGGUCCCUGCGUCGUGUCUGAGGG